UGGGGCGGGGAUUGGAGGGGGAGUUAAUGAUUUACCGGAGGCUCAUUUCACAACUUACCAAGGGUCAGCUUCCCAAGACCAUGUACAGGCUGGGUCCCCUUGGCCGCUCCCCGCCCGCCAGCGUUGAGCCGGAAGGCCCCCCAGGCAGAGAGCAGCAUGAUCUCCAUCACCGAGUGGCAGAAGAUUGGCGUGGGCAUCACCGGUUUCGGCAUCUUCUUCAUCCUCUUCGGGAUACUCCUGUACUUUGACUCGGUGCUCCUGGCCUUUGGAAACCUGCUGUUCCUGACGGGCCUGUCCUUCAUCAUCGGCCUGCGGAGGACCUUUACGUUCUUCUUCCAGCGGCACAAACUCAAGGGGACCAGUUUCUUCCUGGGGGGCGUGGUUAUCGUGCUCCUGCGCUGGCCCCUCCUGGGCAUGUUGCUGGAAACCUACGGAUUCUUUAGCCUGUUCAAGGGCUUUUUCCCUGUCGUCUUUGGCUUCCUGGGCGACGCUGCCAACAUCCCCCUCCUGAGUGCGGUCACUUCUAGGACCUGUCUCCUCACCAGGAUGAACUGCUUGGUUUCUUGGCAGCUACUGCUUUUCCUCUGUGCCACCUCCUUGGGGGAUCCAUUGGAAAAGGUGGCAGCUGUGCAGAAUCCUAGACCCACAGGCCAGCAGCUCGGACCCCAGGACCUCCUGGCCCGCUGGGAGCAGAGCGCGCGGUGCGCAGGGAGGAGGCCGGCAGCCACGGCGCUGAGCCCUCGCGGGGUCGCGCCGUGCCCGCCCCCCGAGAGCUCCGCGGGGCCCCAGCGGCACGGCCUGUGCGCGCCCCGCAGCCGCCUGAUCCCCGCGCCCCGCGGCGCGGUGCUGGUGCAGCGGGAGAAGGACCUGUCUGCCUACAACUGGAACUCCUUCGGCCUGCGCUACGGCAAGCGGCAGACCCGCCCGGAGAGCCGCAGCCCCGGCGCGGGGCGGGCUGAGGGCGCAGGUGGCCGCAAUGAACUUCAAACCCGGGAUGAGGGGUCGGAGCGCGCGAGACUAGGGCGGGGAUACGGGGCUCGCGGAGCAGGCACUAGAGCUUCUGGCCUGAGGCAAUAA